AUGGACAUGGCCCGGGACUGCGCCGGAGCCCUCCUCAGGCCCCUGACAUUUAUGGGGUCGCAGACGAAGAAGGUGCUGCUCACACCCCUCAUGCAUCCCGCUCGCCCCUUCCGGGUCUCCAACCAUGACAGGAGCAGCCGCCGAGGGGUGACCGCCAGCAGCCUGCAGGAGCUCCUCACCAAGACCCUGGAUGCCCUGGUUAUUGCCAGCGGACUGGUCACGUUGGUGUUGGAGGAGGACGGCACCGUGGUGGACACGGAGGCAUUCUUCCAGACCCUGGGGGACAACACGCACCUCAUGGUCCUGGAGAAGGGACAGAAGUGGACACCGGGUGGUACCUACAUCCCAGCCCGCCAGCCGCCAAAGAGACAGGGGAUCGCGAGAGUAACCUUCGACUUGUACAAGCUGAAUCCCAAGGAUGUCAUCGGCUGCCUCAACGUGAAAGCCACUAUGUACGAGAUGUACUCGGUGUCCUACGACAUCCGGUGCCCGGGGCUCAAGGCCCUGCUGAGGAGCCUGCUGUGGUUCCUGUCUCACACCACCCAAAUGACUGGCCAGUGUCUCGUCCACACCGGCACCUACAUGCUCCGAGUGCUGGCUGACACAGAGGAGCGGGCAGUGCCCAGCCCGCGCCUUCGCCGGGGGAUCACUAGUGGAUAG